UUGAUAUUACAUUUUUUGAGGUUAUCCGGGUUAUCGGCUGGUUAGUGGUUAAUUCUUUUAGGAAAUUUUUUUUUUUGAAAAAAAAUUAGUUUUUAAGCCUUUAAAAUUGAAAUUAAGUCAUGCAUUCCGUUCGCUAUGUACAGUUACGAUGUUACUCGACGCCGCAGAGGCCAAAUUUCUUCAUGAAGCUUAUUCAAGACAUACGAGACGAAAUGGCCAAGAACAAAGAAAUGAAAGAGAACUUGGAACGGUUUCGUGCCGAGAAAAAAAAACUAGAACAGUCAGACAAUCUGAUUAAAGCCAGACAGAGAUUGAACACCUUAGAGUCGGGCACAUUUAAGGUGACACAACAAGUCAAAAGCGCCAAGGACGUAGUCGUGUCGGGAGCCAAACACAUAUUCGACCAAGCUAGUCAGUCUGAUAUAGCCAAAAAAGCAGGACAAUUGGGUGGCAAUAUUGGAAAAACGGUGGUCGAAGGUAGCACUAAGCUCGGUCAGUCUGGCCCUAUUAAGUCAAUUUCUAGUACAGCCGAAGCCAUCUCAGAACAAAUUAAUAGCGAAACAUCAUUGAACUCACAAGUAUACAAAGCUCCUAAAAUUUUGAGAAAACGAUCUGAUGUAGGUCCACAACAAACUCAUGCCAUAAACGAGACAGAAACUGGAGUUACUGUUCACAAAGAUUCAAUGAUUAUGGAAAGUUGGAAACAGUUCAAAGCCAAUAGUGCGUUUGUGCAAAAGUUAUCAGAUCUUAAAAGUCGUUACGACGAGAGUGACAACAUUUUAGUACGUGCCAGUCGCUCGAUUACAAACACAGUAUCAUCGGUCUUUGACAAUGCUCAAAUGUCGGACGUAAUGACCGAAAUAUGUCGUGUUGAGCCAAAUUUUAGUUUGGACAGUUUCAUUCGUCAGUGUGAAACUGAUAUAAUACCAAAUGUACUAGAAGCCAUGGCACGUCAAGAUUUAGAAAUCCUUAAGGACUGGUGUUUCGAAGCGCCGUAUAGAGUAUUAUCACAUCCAAUAAAUGAACAUCGCCAAAAGGGAAAUCAGGCUUACUGCAAAGUUUUAGACAUACACAAUGUCGACGUAGCUACUGGGAAGCUGAUGGAACACGGACCAGUGAUAAUAAUAUCGUUCAGUGCCCAGCAAAUUAUGUACAUCAAAGAUAUUAACGGUGUAAUUGUCGAAGGAGACCCGCACACUGUGAAUAGAGUCAUGUACACGUGGGCAAUGUGUAGAGACAUUAAUGAAAUGAAUCCUAAGGCUGCAUGGAGGUUAUUAGAUAUUGCAGCGAAUUCCACUGCACAAUUGCUAUAAACUGUGUUUAUUAUUAUUUUAUAGAAUGUUUUAUUUGUAACAAAAUAUGUUUGUUUUGAUAUAUUAUAUUAUUAUAUCAGGUAAAAAAUGAUUGUUAUUUAUUUACAUUUAAUUUCUUCAGUCGCUCGUAGAAACUGAGCUCGUUAAUUUGUUAUCAAUAUAAUAUGAUAUUACGAA